UCAUUCAGCUGUUCAUUCAACUGUCUCUAAGUGCACGGCCAGACUUGAUUCCUUAGGUUGUUUAAAACUAAAAGAUUUUAAGGCAAUGCAAUGGCACCCAUGGACAGCAAAGGAGAAAUGAAACCAGCUAAAAGAGCCAUUAAAAAAAUUAAAACGGCAGCCAUGGUUUCCAGCUUAACGAAAGGAUGGCAACAGUGGGCAGUAGAACAUUCAACUAAGCAAGCUCAAGAACCUUCCGGAUGGGUUCCAAACACAGAUGGGGAUGUAGAAGUAAAAUCCCCAAAACCAGAGGUGAAGAUAAAACAACCACAAAAAGACUUGCACGACUCAAUUCACUUGGAUGACAAAGAAACAUCAAUCAAGACUGUAGCCGUGACCAAAAGUUUUUCGGCCAAAGCCCAGGAAAAAGGAAUGGAUAUAGGUGCUUUAACUGACAGAUACGAAAAAGACCCAAGUUCUCAAAAUCAAAAUACAUAUGAUGCAAUGGUGGAUAAAAUAUUGAAAAGGUCUGCAUCACCAACUAGAAGAAGGAAAUGUUCCAAUAUUGUCUCUGAGCUCAGAAAAAGUUGGAAGGAUGUGGAGGACGGAGGAGAACUUGUUUUGUCCCCAGAAGCUGACCAAAAACUCAAAGACAUUGUUGAAAGGACCGAUGUGGAAAAUGGUGAACAUGUGGGCGAUGGAAAGAAUACAGAAGAUAUUUUAGAAAAUCUCACCUCAAGUAAUGAGAAUGCUGCUAGGAUAAAGCGACCAUCCUCUUCAGUUAACAAGGCAGCAGCAGAACUUAACAGCAUCAACAAAGCUUACAAGAGAUAUAGCCCUGUGAAUAACAUAAAAGGUCAAUGGGAGAACUGGUCAAGUCAACACUCUCUGACUCAGAAAUUAAAUCCAUUCAGCGAUGAGUUUGAUCAGGAAUUUGCAAUGUCCAUAAGACUCCAGAAGGGUGAUGAUGGCUAUGGACGCCCAAAAGAAGGAACCAAGACAGCUGAACGAGCAAUGAGAGCAGAGGCACAUAUUCACCGUGAGAUGAGAGAUCUGUGUUUCAUAAUUAGGACAAUGACUGAGCCUCAGAAGGAUGGUACAAUCUGUGUGACGUUCGGCGAGCUUUUCGAUCGAUAUGUGCGCAUUUCGGAUAAAGUGGUUGGAAUCCUACUAAGGGCCAGAAAACACAACAUGGUGGACUUUCAAGGUGAAAUGCUGUGGCAGGGCAGAGACGAUGAUGUAAUAAUAACUUUAUUAUAACAAACUGAAAUGUUUGCAUCUUACCUUAUGAGAUGUGAACAGAGGAAGAGCUCUAGAACUGGUCUAUUUUUAUAUAUAUUUAUUUAGUUUUUAAUUACAAUAAACUAUAAGAAUUGAGGCCUGAGUAAAUUAUACUGGUUUUACUUGAAAUGUAUUUUUCUAGCUACUUUUUCGUCUUUUCUUCUGCCCUGGACCCAUUCCUGGUCACAAUAGAUGAACAUUAAACACUUCACGCAUCUUGACAUCUUUUAUGUAUAUUAAAGCUUGUGGUAAACAAACAUAA